UAAACCUAGCCGGGCAGGGCUGGGGAGGAAUGGGAGAGGUCAAGAGCAGAAGUCGACUCGACGCCGCCGGAGCAGCGCUCGCAGGGAGUCUCUCUGGGGCUUUUCCUUCGGCUGGGAGCAGGCGGAGGCCGCUCCGGCCGCUCUCUUCCAGAAGCCCCGCUGGGACCGAAAAGGCGCCCCUUUGGCCGGGCGCGCCAGCCGAAGCCUCCCGUCUUCCUUGAGCAGCCGGCGGCUGCAGAGGCGAAAGGGAAGGCAGGCGGGAGGGCUCAGGCGGGCCGAGGGUCGCGAGCUGCCCCGCUCCUACGCUAUUUGAGACGCGAAACCCCCGAACGCGCCCGCCAAGAGGCGAAAUGCCAGCCUUCGGGUUGCAAAGGUGAGGCGCUCGCCCACCUUCCUCGGCUUAGUGCGGACUGGCGUGUCCCCACGCACAUCCACGCGCGCGCUCGCCCACAUGCAGACACGCGCACGGGGGGACGAGCAGGAGCAGCCGAAGCAGGCGAAGAUGGCAAUGUCUGUGAUCCAAGCGUGCCGCAGUCUGGCUCUCUCAACAUGGCUGCUUUCCUUUUGUUUCGUGCAUCUGCUGUGCCUGGAUUUCACAGUGGCCGAAAAAGAGGAAUGGUACACGGCCUUCGUGAACAUCACUUAUCCAGAUCCCGGCGGCGGCGGCGGCGGCGGCAGCGAGCUGCGCAGCGAAAAAACGGAGUGUGGCCGCUACGGGGAACACUCGCCCAAAAACGAGGUCUGGGGGCAGGUGGUGAUGACCUCGGCGGCCGCUGAUAGGCAAGCUUGCGACCCCAAUGCUAGGUUCGCCGUGCCGGGGUCCGGCAGGCUCUGGAUCGCCCUCAUUCCUAAAGGGAAUUGUACUUACAAGGACAAGAUUCGGCACGCCGCCUCCCAAAACGCCUCGGCCGUGGUCAUCUACAACAUAGGCUCCAGCAACGCCAACGAGACGAUUACGAUGCCCCCCGCAG